GCAGACCACAUCGUUUUUUCGCAACACAACUCCACAAAAACAAAAUACAGCCGAAAUAUACAUUAUCUGAUUCAGCGGAGAAAUUUUCUGCUCACCUCAGUUAUGACUGCGAGAACGUACCUGCGUAGGCGAGGUGGACCUUACCGGACAGAGCCAGCCACAGACCUGAGCCGAUGGAGGCUGACUAAUGCUGAGGGCAGACAGACGUGGCACUAUGUGGACGAUCAGGACACCCCGGACAGACAGCAGAACAUGACAGAAGCUCUUUCACUUGGUUUGGACACGAGUAGGUUUGUGUCUGCAUCCCCACCUGCUCACACGGCCGUGGAGGCCGCCCUGAAGGGUGCACACUUCUACAGUCACCUCCAGAGCGAAGACGGCCACUGGGCAGGAGACUAUGGUGGACCUCUGUUCCUGCUGCCUGGUCUCCUGAUCACGUGCCAUGUGGCUGACAUUUCUCUGCCCAGUGCCUGGAGGAAGGAGAUGGUGAGGUACCUGCUCUCUGUGCAGCUGCCGGAUGGAGGUUGGGGUCUACACGUUGAGGAUAAGUCUACAGUCUUCGGCACAGCUCUGUGUUACACCUCAUUAAGGAUCCUGGGAGUCCAGCCGGAUGAUCCUGACAUGGUCCGAGCCAGAAACAACCUACACAAGAAAGGGGGCGCUGUGGGGAUUCCAUCGUGGGGUAAAUUCUGGUUGUCCAUCCUGAAUGUUUACAGCUGGGAGGGAUUGAACACUCUGCUCCCGGAGAUGUGGUUGCUCCCUCGUUGGAUGCCGGUGCACCCGUCCACGCUGUGGUGUCACUGUCGUCAGGUCUACCUGCCCAUGAGCUACUGUUACGCCGUGAGGCUGACUGCCGAGGAAGACCCGCUGGUCCUCAGCCUCAGACAGGAGCUUUAUGUCCAGGACUUUGCCACCAUUGACUGGCCUGCACAGAGGAACCAUGUGGCAGCAGGCGACCUGUACACACCUCACAGCGCGCUGCUCUCCGUCGCCUACAUGGUGUUAAAUCUGUAUGAAGCUCACCAUGUUACCGCUCUGAGAUGCAGAGCGGUCAGAGAGCUGUACGAGCACAUCCAAGCUGAUGACCGCUUCACCAAAUGUAUCAGCAUUGGACCGAUCUCUAAGACUAUCAACAUGCUGGUUUCUUGGUACGUGAAUGGUCCCUCCUCUCCAGCCUUUCAGGAACACGUGUCCAGGAUCCCUGAUUACCUCUGGCUGGGACUGGAUGGCAUGAAAAUGCAGGGCACCAAUGGAUCUCAACUCUGGGACACUUGCUUUGCUGUACAGGCUUUUCUUGAGGCAGGAGCUCAGAAUAACUCCAGACUGGCUGAGAGCCUUCAAAAGGCCCAUCAGUUCCUCACAGUCACACAGGUACCUGAGAAUCCUCCUGACUACCAGAAAUACUACAGACAGAUGAGCAAGGGAGGGUUCCCCUUCAGCACCCGUGAGUGUGGUUGGAUUGUAGCUGACUGCACGGCGGAGGGUCUGAAGUCGGUGAUGAUGCUGCAGGAGCUUUGUCCAUCCAUCAGCCAGCACAUUCCCAAACAACGCCUCUACAAUGCUGUUAAUGUGCUGCUCAGUAUGAGAAACGCAGAUGGCGGUUUUGCCACAUAUGAAACUAAGAGAGGAGGGAAACUUCUGGAACUGCUGAACCCCUCUGAGGUGUUUGGCGACAUUAUGAUCGACUACACAUAUGUGGAGUGUACGUCAGCAGUGAUGCAGGCUCUGAGGCACUUUCAGAAGGUCCACCCCGAACACCGCGCUGAGGAGAUCAGGUCCACUCUAAGAGCAGGUCUGGAGUACUGCAGGAGAGUGCAGAGGACAGAUGGAUCCUGGGAAGGGUCAUGGGGAGUGUGCUUCACAUAUGGAACUUGGUUUGGUCUCGAAGCUUUUGCCUGCAUGGGUCACAUUUACAAGGAGGGUCACGUGUGUGUCGAAGUUCAGAAGGCGUGUCAGUUUCUCCUGGAGCAUCAGGUGUACGACGGCGGCUGGGGGGAGGACUUUGAGUCAUGUGAGCAGCGGCAGUACGUGCAGAGCAGCUCCCCGCAGAUCCACAACACCUGCUGGGCCUUACUGGGCCUCAUGGCUGUCAGGUAUCCUGACACACAGAUCAUUGAGAGAGGAAUACAGCUGCUGAUUGACAAACAGCUGCCCAACGGAGACUGGCCAGCGGAGAACAUUGCUGGUGUGUUCAACAAGAGCUGUGCCAUCAGCUACACCUCCUACAGAAACGUCUUCCCUGUGUGGACGCUGGGACGAUUCUCAUCACUUUAUCCUCUCAACCCUUUGGCUGGGAAGGUAAAGGUGUGAUGACCUUUAAAAGGUCAAAGUUCAUUAGACAGUAGGACAAAACAAACUAUCCACUCACCGGCCACUUUAUUAGGCACACCUCUUCAAUUGCUUGUUAACACAAACAGCAAAUCAGCCAAUCACAUGGCAGCAACUCAAUGCAUUUAGGCCUCUGCACGUGGUGAAGAUGACUUACUUAAUUUCACAUCAAGCAUCAGAAGAAAGGAGAUUUAAAUUACUUUGAAUGUGAUGUGGUCAUUGGUACAAGAUGUGCUGGUCUGAGUGUUUCAGAAACUGCUGAUCUACUGGGAUUUUCAGGCACAAACAUCUCCAGGGUUUACAGAGAAUGGUCCAAAAAACAGAAGAUAUCCUGUGAGCGGCAGUUGUGUGGAUGAAAAUGUCUUGCGGAUGUCAGAGGAGAGAGAAUGGACAGACUGGUUGAAUGGGCAACUGCAUGAUGUCAUCAUGUCAAUAUGGACCAACAUCUGAAGGCCAAAGUGGGUCAGUACUAGCAAGGUGUACCUAAUAAAGUGGCUGGUGAGUGUGUUGUUAAAGGAACAGCAAGGCCAAUGUCCUGUUUUUAGACUGAUUUAAUUGUAACUAAAAUCUGAGAAUCAUCAUCAUGAAUUCAGACAAUCAGCAGUUUUAACUGUAAUCAGGUUCAUGUGCGCGUACUUGGAUUUCAGAGGUGUUUUCAUGUUUCAUCCAACAGAUAAAGUAACAUUCUUGGAAUGACUUUCUUGGGUCACAGCUCAUUUGUCAGAGCUGCUGCUUCUGCCUGACAUGUGCACUUAAACAGCUCUGUUUGAAAGAACUGUACUAAGAAAAUGUCUAAAAUUGAAUCAUACACGUCUCUGUUCCCUCACAUCCCGCUGCGCUCUGUGACUCUAACGUUUUAUGUGAAUGGAGAAUAAACCGUCUUUGUUUGUGGGUCUCUCGUGUUUGUUAAAUGUACUUUGUGCAGUUGUCAUUGUAAGUUUGAACUCAGCACAAACAGGAGCACGUUUGGAGAAGAAAUGUUCUGACAUAACACCAUGAAUCACAAUGUUCACAUGUUAAACAGCACCCUGAGGAAUUUGUAGCUUUGAUAACCACAUAUGGCAUUUCAUUUCCAGUUUAAUUAUGAGUAUGUCUGACAGACAGGUUGAUUAUCUUUGACUCUCUGUGAUCUCGUAUGUUCAUCUCCCGGUGUCUGUCUGUCCGCACCAGUUUGUCCUCAGUGUUCUUCAUGCCGUCACUUUUGACAGUUGUUUUUUAUUUGUUCACAAAGCCUUUUGUAGUAUUUUUGGAUUUUGUCACCUGGGAUGUCUGGAAUACGUCUGUAUUUUCAGUCCCACAUUUGGAUCAAGAAACACCAUAUUCUUUGCA